AGGCUACCAUCCACUAUCUAAAUUUAGAGGAAAAUCAUGUCUCAUCCAUAAGUACAAGGAAUCAUUAUCGUAUUUCAAGAAAAAUGGCUGUGCGGAGCAUUGCAAGUUUAGAGAUCUACGCUUUCAUCGCAUUUAUGACAACAAUGAUCAUGGUGGUCGCCACAGAGAAUGAUAUUCCUGUGGGUGAGGUACUCAUGGAUGACAGGCCUGUCAUUCUACGAGGAUAUGACGGGAUACUGCAAUGUCGAGUUAGAGGUGAACCAUUGGCUGUCUUCUGGGAAAAGGGACCAGAUUUGGCAUCAGCAACAAAUCUAGUCUCUUGGCAUCCAUUUACGGGAGGAAUUCGUGUGCCGUCGUAUGGGAUCGGAAAGUACAACCUUACGGAAGACUUUUCCUUGGUGAUCCACGACGUCGAGGAUGAUGACGCAGGACGGUACAUAUGUAGACUAUCCGACUUCAGAGGUUAUGAGCUCAGCAAUCACACUGUGGCCACAGUUAAAGUUCCACCUCAGGAACCCUUCCCAGCAAUUGACCAAUGCCCAUCAGGAUCACCCGGAGGCGGAGAAAACCCGUGUACAUUGAAAACCGAGAUAGGCGACACGACUGAACUGACAUGUCGUGCUCGCGGUGCGCCAAGAGACGUGAUCUCGCUAUCCUGGACCCUCAGAGGCAGAACUAUCUCCAACCAAGAACCGCAAAGAUCUGCCAACCCUGACGACGAGACAGAAGAUCUGACGCUUACAAUUGCCGCAAUGCCAAGCGCUGAUCCGUAUUUCUGCACUGCAGCCAUUCUGCCGGCAACCAUCCGAGGAAAUGCGACCGCCAGUGUCAUAGUGAAACCAGCACCAAUCACAACCACUACAAAUGCAACAGAUCUGUUCAUUGGAGAUCCCGGUAGUAGAUCUCUAGGGAAAGUUGCCAUCGCCAUUAUUAUCGUCAUCACCUUGCUCAUCACCUUAAUCAUCAUCUCCAUAAUCAUCGUCUUCAUUUGGAGGAGAAGAAUAAAGAAGAGUUAUGCACCGUUAAAUGGAGAUAAGAAAUUCAUUAAAGGCCCUGUUUCGUAUUUGGAGCUUUGGGAGCUUGUCGUAAAGUGUCACCCUCUGGUCAUGGAGAAUAUUUUAAACGGGUUAAUGGAUAAUCCUCAGACAGACUCAGGAUGCAACGUCAUACCCUCUAAAGCUGAGUUCUACUAUGAACUCUGUAGAUGGAAGGAAACAACAACAGGAGAUCACAGUAUUCUCUCCAGAGCCAUAGAAGAAGUUGGGCUGAACGCCGAAAGAAAUAUGCAGGGUAGAUAUAUUUAUGAUAUUAUUGUGACUAAUUUGAUGUAUAUGAAUGUGCUCUGCGGAAUUUCAUUUGUUUGUAAAUAUGUCAAGUGUAAAUUUCCUAAGCUAUAGGCCUGUUCCUUUUAAAAGGGUUCAAAAGUUCAGAAUCUUCAGCUAAGAGGGAGGGGAAGCUUUUUAGGCACUACGGUAAAAGGUCCAAGGUUUGGUUUAAUUAAAUUUGUAAAAUAUUUGGUACUGAGAAUCUAAGUUGAUCAGUGUCCCUGUUCAUCAGAAUAAGGGCCUUGAAGACCAUAGGGGUACUGCUUUAAAUUUGACAAGC